AUGUUGAGUGUCAAGCCAGCCGUUGCCGUGGAGGCUCAUUUACCAUUGUCCAAAAGCUGUCUGAGCGUGGAAUCAACAUACGCAUAUGACUACAUCAUAUUUUACCGAUGGCUAUCACCAGAUUUAUACGAGAGAGGCCGAGUAAUGGCGCGUCUAGUCGCUGAAAUGAUCGAAAAGAAGAGCCGUCGCAUAUGGCUCGACCAACACCAAAUGACAAGAAGCACGGAAGCUGGGGAAGUGACCAAGAGGAUUUCCAACACAUUCUUAUCUGUGUCUCAAAUCAUUAUUCUCGCUGCCCCCGGCGACUGGGACAGGUUUACGAAUCCAGAUGACAUCCAUCGAUGGGAAUGGGAGAUGAGUCUCAGAAGUGACAAGCAAGUUUGGCUACUUCAAUAUGGAUUACCAGACAAUGGACAGGCAUUAUCCAGAGCCCAACUAGCAGAGGGAUUAGAAAAGUACUGUCCAAGAUUGGCAGAACUCUUCAAAAACAGGGAUGUACACAUACGGUCACUGACGAUGGACAGCAUCGACGUGGUACUCAAAGAGAUCGCCGAGGCCGCACAGUAA